GCUUCUACUACCCACAUGGCCACUUUUUAGCUCUAGAGCCACUGCAAAAAUAAGAAAAAUGGGAACCACGGAUACAACCAAGCCUAACUUUGAUUCUAUAUUGAGUGAACGCAAAGCAUUUGAUGAAACAAAAGCUAGUGUAAAAGGAUUUGUUGAUGAAGGUAUUAAGAAGAUCCCAAGCUUUUUCCAUCAUCAACCAGACAAAAAUGAGAUAGCCUACAACAAUUGCCAUGUUCUUCCUAUCAUAGACCUUGCAGACAUUGAUAACAAAGAUCCAAUUAUUCACCAAAAAAUUAUUGACAAAUUGAAAGAAGCAUGUGAAACAUGGGGUUUUUUUCAGGUUGUUAAUCAUGGAAUCCCUUUGAACAUUCUUGAGGAAUUGAAAGAUGGUAUUAAGAGAUUUCAUGAGCAGGAUCCAGAAGUAAAAAAAGAUUUGUAUACAACAGAUCCGAAGGGACCCUUUACUUAUAAUAGUAAUAUUGGUGGGUUGUCUAACUCACCAGCGCUCAAUUGGAGGGAUACUUUUAUUUGUUUCUUGGCUCCUGAUACUCCCAAACCAGAAGAUUUUCCUCUAGUAUGCAGAGACAUACUGAUAGAAUAUAGUAAACAAAUGAUGAACCUGGGAUUUUUACUAUUUGAAUUGCUGUCAGAAGCUUUAGGUCUGAAUCCAAACCAUCUAAAAGAUAUGGGUUGUGUUGAAGGGCUAAUUGCUGCUUGCCAUUAUUAUCCUCCAUGCCCUGAACCAGAUUUGACUGUGGGACUAAAAAAGCAUUCUGACACUGGUUUCCUUGCGGUGGUUCUCCAAGACCAUAUUGGUGGCCUCCAAGUUCUUUAUCAAGAUAAAUGGGUUGAUGUGAAACCUAUACAUGGGUCUCUCGUAGUUAAUGUUGGUGACCUUUUGCAGCUUAUAACAAAUGACAAGUUUAAGAGUGUUGAACACAGAGUAGUUGCAAAUCAAGUUGGUCCAAGAAUAUCUGCUGCAUGCUUUUUCUACAAUGGUCAUAAAUUAUCCUCAAGGCUCUAUGGACCUAUAAAGGAACUAUUAUCUGAAGACAAUCCUCCCAAAUACAGAGAAACCACAAUUGGAGACUAUGCAGUCUACUCUCCAGCAGCAAAAAGACUAGGUUGUACUUCUGUUCUUUCACAUUACAAAAUUUGAACUAAGCAAUGUGGAGGGAAAAAAUAGCUCAUAAAGUUCCAUUGGUGUGUUUGUGGUGGUGUAGUUAGUCAUCGGUUCCACAUGAUUGUGUUAUGUAUUAAAGAGAAAUGCUCAUAACACUUUAUUUUCUAACAUUAACUCUAACACUCACUCUCUUUUAUUGGGUGAAUUUAUUGAGUGAAGUUCAUGUGAUUUUCACCACUUACAAUCAUUUCAAAAUCUGAGAUUUACAUGAGUUUCUCCCAAUAAGAGACUGAGAGUUAGAUGAGAGUUAGAGAGAGUGGUCAUAACACUAUUUAUGUAUUAAAUAAGGGAUUUCUGAUUACCGUUGGUGCUGCUGAUUUAUUUCCAAUUUAUUUGUGGUAAACCUUUUUUCCCAUCACCA